CGUGUGAAAUGACUACCCCAAUUUUCACAGUCCAAAAAGUGAAACUCACUUCGUUCGUGGCCCAGUUGCUAAGCUUGAUCAGUUAUCACCAGUAGCCAUGUACUUUCUACCCCAUUUAACUAAUGGCUGGCAAGUCGAUCAAGCCAUUUUGUCGGAAGAAGACCGUGUUGUUAUCAUUCGCUUCGGCCAUGACUGGGAUCCAACUUGUAUGAAGAUGGACGAGACGCUGUACGGUGUUGCUGAAAGAGUCAAGAACUUUGCCGUCAUAUACCUUGUCGAUAUUACUGAAGUACCCGACUUUAACAAAAUGUACGAAUUGUACGAUCCUUGUACUGUCAUGUUCUUCUACCGAAACAAACAUAUCAUGAUAGAUUUGGGAACUGGUAACAACAACAAGAUCAAUUGGGCAAUGGAUGAUAAGCAGGAGAUGAUUGACGUUAUUGAGAUCGUUUACCGUGGUGCCAGAAAAGGUCGUGGUCUGGUGGUAUCUCUUAAAGACUAUUCAACGAAAUACAAAUAUUAAUAGUAGAAAGACGAAACGAUGGUAUUCAAAUUACCAAUUAAAACUGUACAAAAGAAGGGCAAUGAAAUAAUUUAAAAAA